CGGCAGUACAAGGAGGAAUCACUGAUCUCAUACGAUGGCUAACCUUAGCUUGGUUGUCAAAAAAACGACAGCCGUCAAACGCUCUACACCAUCAACAACAUGGCCAUACGUAGAAAAGACAGCUUUCUCUGGGGGAAAGCUCCACCAAAACUCCCCCCAGGAGAGAGGCAGAGUGAAACAAUCAAGAUUCACAAGUUUGAGCUGCUGGAUGACAUUCAGAAGCUGAGGUUGGAAAUCAAUCACGUCAUGCCAGAAAUCCACAGGCCUGAACUAAAGGAGCAGAAUAAAAAUGUUUUAAGGAACAGAAGUUUCUUACGUGGGAAAAAGAAAUUCAACAUGGAUCCCAAAAAGGGUGUCCUCUACCUGAUUGAAAAUGGCCUGCUGGAAUGGCGUGCAGAGUCGGUGGCCGAGUUUCUUUACAAAGAGGAGGGACUGAACAAGACGGCCAUUGGCAACUUCUUGGGAGAAAGGGAGGAAAUGCAUCUGCAAACACUGAAAGCCUUUGUGGGCCUGCAUGAAUUUUCAGACCUGAAUCUGGUGCAGGCGCUGAGGCAGUUUCUGUGGAGCUUUCGUCUCCCAGGAGAAGCUCAGAAAAUUGACAGGAUGAUGGAGGCGUUUGCAACUCGCUACUGUGACUGUAAUCCAGGGGUCUUCCAAUCCACAGACACAUGCUACAUCCUGUCUUUUGCCAUCAUCAUGCUGAACACGAGCCUCCACAACCCCAACGUGAAAGACAAACCCAGUCUGCAGCGAUUUUUUUCCAUGAACAGAGGAAUCAACAACGGGGAGGACCUGCCCACCGAGCUGCUCACGAAACUGUAUGCAAGCAUCCGCAGUGAACCAUUCAAAAUCCCAGAGGAUGAUGGAAACGACCUCACGCUGACGUUUUUUAAUCCAGACAGAGAAGGCUGGCUGCUUAAAAUGGGUGGCCGAGUUAAAACCUGGAAGAGGAGGUGGUUCAUUUUGACAGACAGCUGCCUGUACUACUUUGAAUACACCACAGAUAAAGACCCAAUUGGGAUUAUUCCCCUGGAGAACUUGUGUGUCAGGAAGCUACAAGACACAAGCAAAACGUAUUGUCUGGAGUUAUAUAACCCCCAAGGACAGAAGAUAAAAGCCUGCAAGACGGAGAACAAAGGCCGAGUGGUGCAGGGUAAACAUCAGUCCUAUAAGCUCAGUGCAGCCACUGCAGAAGAACGGGACAACUGGAUAGAAGCGAUCACGGCGAGUAUCACCAAGGACCAUUUUUAUGACCUGGUGUCUCUACGAAAGAGGAAGGUCAUUAACAACACUUCCUCGUAGGACUGAAACACAAGACAUUAGUGUAAACAACUGAGUUGUAUCCUCAAUGUGUUUUUUUUUGUUUGUUUGUUUGUUUUUUUGUGGAUGAAUCAUUUUCUUCAGGAAAAAUAAAACCAAAGCUUAAUCACACAGCAUUUCGCACAAAAUGUACAAAUUGGGAACUAACACUUGUGAAAACAAGUUAAAGAAGAAAAGUGAGCUAUUUGUGGCUUGCAAUGUAAAGCCUUCACAUUACUUCUGCAAACUGCACGCACCAGUACUCUCUCAGCAGGAUUGUCAGCCCCUGAAGUCAAACAUGCUGCGGUGGCGGGGCCAAAGGUGACAGAUUGUUGGCUUGGCAAAACAACGACCACAGAGACAUAAAACGACCACAAAGACAUUUUUAAGGCUUUAAAUCCAUUCCAUCUCUCAACAUUAUUACACUUCUGUCACAUGCUGUAGUAUUUCCACACUCCUAUUUUUAGUUUUAUGUUUCUAUAUUUUCUCUAUUUAUAUGAUUUCUAUUUGUUAAAUGCCUUGUUACGUGAGCAUCUGUGACGAAAAGAGUAUGUAGCACUUUGUUAAACCUUUUCUGGGUGUUUUCAUUGGAGAUUUUCUAGACAAAAUAUAAAUCUUUUAAAAAAGUUUUACACUUUUCUAACUUCACUUAAGUAAAUCCUGUAAGUAGUUUCCUCUCUACAGUAUACUGCUUAAUUACUGAUCAACUGUUGUAAAUAGGGGAUUAAAGAUUCUGUAAAGUUUUAAAAUUAAGUUAUGAAUACUUUUAAUUGCACAGUGUAUUUUUAUUGAGCUUUACUGUAUAUAUAAAUUAAAUACUUUUUGAUUGAAAACUCAAACUAC